UCUGCCGUCGUUGUUGGCCACGGCGUGGGAAGCAGCUCUGGGGGAGCUCGGAGCUCCCAAUCACGGCUUCUGGGGGUAACCACGGCUCGGUGGGUAGAACAGGGCUGGGUCCCCUAGCGGAGACCCAAGUGGGAUAGGCAGGUAGUCAGCACCCGGGAAAUCCACGGCCUCCUGCCUUGUGGGUUGUGCCUCAUCCAGCUCUAGAACCGGCUCCCAGGGAGAACUCGGUGGAACUUCAGAAACACUGGGCAGGUCUCCUUCCAGCCAAUGCCCCUGUCCCUGGGAGCCGAGAUGUGGGGACCUGAAGCCUGGCUGCUGCUGCUGCUGCUCCUGGCAUCAUUCACAGGCCGGUGCCCCGCGGGUGAGCUGGAGACUUCGGACCUGGUGACGGUGGUGCUAGGCCAGGAUGCAAACCUCCCCUGCAUCUACAGAGGGGACCCGGGCGAGCAGGUGGCGCAGGUGGAGUGGGCUCGGGUGGACGCGAACGAGGGAACGGGGGAGCUGGCGCUGCUGCACUCCAAGUACGGGCUACACGUGAGCUCGGCCUACGAGGGGCGCGUGGAACAACCGCCACCCCCUCGGGACCCGCUGGACGGCUCGGUGCUCCUGCGCAACGCUGUGCAAGCGGAUGAGGGCGAGUACGAGUGUCGCGUGAGCACCUUCCCUGCUGGCAGCUUCCAGGCGCGACUGCGGCUGCGCGUGCUGGUGCCUCCCCUGCCCACACUGAACCCUGGCCCACCACUGGAAGAGGGCCAGGGUCUGACAUUGGCCGCCUCCUGCACAGCUGAGGGCAGCCCAGCCCCCAGUGUGACUUGGGACACAGAGGUCAAAGGCACAACAUCCAAACGCACCUUCAAGCACUCCCGCUCCGCGGCUGUCACAUCAGAGUUCCACCUGGUACCCAGUCGCAGCAUGAACGGGCAGCCACUUACCUGUGUGGUGUCCCACCCUGGCCUGCUCCAGGACCAAAGGAUCACCCACACCCUUCAAGUGGCCUUCCUGGCUGAGGCCUCUGUGCGUGGCCUGGAGGACCAAAAGCUGUGGCAUGUUGGCAGAGAGGGUGCUAUGCUCAAGUGCCUGAGUGAGGGGCAGCCACCUCCCUCAUACAACUGGACACGGCUGGACGGGCCUCUGCCCACCGGGGCACGAGUGGAAGGGGGCAUGCUGGGCUUUCCUCCGCUGACCGCUGAGCACAGCGGCACCUACGUCUGCCAUGUCAGCAAUGAGCUUUCAUCAAGGGAUUUCCCAGUCACAGUGGCUGUUCUUGACCCUGAGGACCCAGGGAAGCAGGUGGACCUGGUGUCAGCCUCGGUGGUGGUGGUGGGUGUGAUCGCCGCGCUCCUGUUUUGCCUCCUGGUGGUGGUGGUGGUGCUCAUGUCCAGAUACCACCGGCGCAAGGCCCAGCAGAUGACCCAGAAGUAUGAGGAGGAGUUGACCCUGACCAGGGAGAACUCUAUCCGCAGGCUGCAUUCCCAUCCGUCAGACCCCAGGAACCAGCCGGAGGAGAGUGUAGGGCUGAGAGCCGAGGGCCACCCUGAUAGUCUCAAGGACAACAGUAGCUGCUCUGUGAUGAGUGAAGAGCCUGAGGGCCGCAGUUAUUCCACGCUGACCACAGUGAGGGAGAUCGAAACGCAGACAGAACUGCUGUCUCCGGGAUCUGGGCGGGCAGAGGAAGAGGAAGACCGAGAUGAAGGCAUCAAACAGGCCAUGAACCAUUUUGUUCAAGAGAAUGGGACCCUACGGGCCAAGCCCACGGGCAAUGGCAUCUACAUCAAUGGGCGGGGGCACCUGGUCUGACCCAGGGCUGCCUCCUCCCCUAGGCCUGGCUCCUGCUGACACAGGGAAUUCCACUCAUCUUGGGGGGCCUCUUAAAAUGCCCGUAUUUCUUGAGGAAGAUGCUCCCCACCCCACUGACUGCUUGACCUUUUCCUCCAACCCUUCUGUUCAUGGGGAGGGCUCUGACAGUUCAGUCCCUCCCACCAUAAGUACAGGUCACUGUGUGUGUGUAUGUGUGCGUGUAUUUUUGCUUGUGUGUUCACUGAUCAUGUGUGCAUGUAUAGAGGAGUGACUCCCUUUUUUUUCUUUGGUACCGGGAAUCGAACUCAGGGCCUCACGCUUGCUAGGUGGGUGCUGUACCACUGAGCUGCAUCCCUGGCCCAGGAGUGACUUCUACCGUACGUGUUCCACUGCACUGGCUUGUCAGUCACUGUAAGAGUGAAUGGUGGUGUGUGUCCCGAGAUUCUGGUGAUUGUGAGGGGAAGGCUGCCAGAGUUCAGUUUGUGUGUUGUGUGGCUGCGUGUGACCUCUGCCUGCACAAGCAGGUAUUUUCCUCAGACCCCAGAGCAGUAUUAAUGAUGCAGAGGUUGGAGGUGAGAGGUGGAGACUGUGGGCCACAUCCAGGUGUGCGGGCAUAGCUGGAGCUGGAAUUUGGCCUUCUAAGUGGGGGAGCCGGGUUCCUACCACUUGAGAGCCACUGGGCAAGUGUGAAGCCGCCACCCAGGGGUCUGCCAGAGGCUUAAACUGUUACGAAGAAGCCCUCUGCCCUCUGGUGGCCUGUGGGCCUGCUACAUGUACAUAUUUGGUGUAAAAAAACCUUCCUGGGGAGCUUGCAGAGGACUGCUCCGACUCCUUUAAUAAGAGCAACACCUUGUAAAACCUUUUACUUCAUCUGCAUGUUUGUUCCUGGGCUUGCUUAAGCAAGGGCAGUCUACAUAGGCACUCAGCAGGGCUGGACCUCACUCAGACCCCUGCUCCAGCUCAAGGUUGACCCCUGUGGCACUAAGAGGUGCUCCUAAGGCAUCUGCAUCUAGGCAGGCCCUUGGGAGGAGCCUGACAGCUGUUGGGCCCUGGGACUAGGGGUGUGAGUGCUGUGGCUACCGGCUGAGGGAGGACAGGAGAGGUCCUUCACUGCAGAGCCCUCAACUCUUCCCCUAGACUCAUCUCUCUCUCUCUCUCUUUUUAGUUGUACCCACGGUUGCUUGUGGUCCCCGCAGGAGUUGCUGGGACUUGGUGACAAGUGUUCCUGGUUCAGUGGGGGUGUAGGGAAGAGAGGGCACUGAUUAUACAGCAAGGAGGGGGGCAUUUCAGACGAGAGGAAGGAGGUGCUGGAGGUGUCCCUUUCUCAGAGGGUUCUGGGUCCUUGAUUCAGGGCUUUUCUGGCAGUUUCUUUGGAUGGAAGCAGGGGUUAGAAGUUUACUUUUAUUUGGCCCACCCAAACAUACUCAGCCAGAAUACUGAGAUUUAAUGCCCAAGCCCUGCAUGGCCUGAAAUCUGCUGGAUUUCUGGACUAAAGGGGGAGCUCUCGUCUCCCAUUUUCGGGCCAGCUUGGGACUUUGAAUGGGAAACCCAAAGAUCUGAGAUCCCAGUAUGUACAUUGUGUGUAAAUAUGUGCAUAUUUGUAUAUAAAAUGAUAUUCUGUUUUUAAAUAAACAGAUAAAACCUGG